AUGGAUGCUGCCGAAUAUGACACCAAUAUCCUCGUCGUGAACAACAUCGCUUCGAUUUCCUUUCGCGUGUACGAACCGUCUUCAGACCAGUCCUCGAGUUUUGGCCUGGCGGCCAUUGAUAUUGAGAACUCUUUAAGAGAAAAGGGUCACAUCGUUUAUUACGACGCCAGCAGACGGGGUAUAUGGCACUUCAGAAUAGUCGGCAAGGAGGGAAGUGAUGAAGUCAGUAGUCAAGAGCUAGAUUCAUCUCUUAGCUUGCGUGGCUACUCACUUAUUGUAGGAGAAGAGGGGUCUUUUGAGCCAAGCAGUCUUCCGAGGCCUCGAUCACAACAACCACAGACAGGACAUACACCCACCAGUUCAACUUCAAGCGCGUCUGCUUUGGAUCAGUCGCAGCGCUAUGCGCCAACUGCGACAUCACAUCUUGGGCCACCUGGACUGCAAGAGCAAGACUCAAAGGGGCACACUUCCGUAACUGACGCGAAGUUAGUGCAGGGAGGGUCAUCAUCUCCCAAAGCUUAUGAGAGCUUCGUCGUCGCGACCCUCUUAACGAUACAGUCAGCCUUCUGCCGCCACACAGAUUCUAUUCCUCUAAACUACCGAACCGUGUUACUUUCACAGGAUGCUCUAGAAAAUGAUGGGUCUUUCGAUGUGGUCACAGAAAAAACUCCUACAAUCGGCACAUUUAGCGCCUACCUAACAACCACAGGUGUCCUUGUAGUUUGCAUGGGCAUCUCAAUAUGUCGAGGUCUAUUGUCCUAUGGCGACAUGCUCAACCAAGCUUCGGACAUACCUGGACAGCAAAUUCUUGCGGCUCCAUUUGGUGUGAUUGCCAGCAACCAGCCCGCUGCCCAGUUUGAUGGUGGUACAGCGAGUAUGGCUCAAACACCAAACACACAAGCAUUGAGUCUUCGAGGAGCUCCAGAUAUUCACAAUUCGCUUUGGAAGCAAGCAUGCCUGAAAUUUUUGCAACUCCGAGGUGUUGCCCAAUCAAAAUUAACAGAUUGUUUCUGGAUAAAUUUACUCAUAUCUAAACCCAAACUUCAAGAUGCAAAGAGCGAUGUUAAGAGAUCGCCGAUGCCUAAUCCUACCAUCAUGAUUCCUUGGCCGAGCCCGCUGUGCUUUAGGAAGCGUCCUGUUGAGGUGUCAUCCACAAGUCGAGUGGGUGAGACAAUACUCCGGGGUCAUGAAGAAAGCCACGACCCUUUAGGUAAUGCACAGUCUUGGUUUAGUUCCACACCUGAGCGAGACGAGAAGAUAUCCAAAAGAAAGGCAGAACGCGUGGCAACAUCAAGUGAGGGCUUCGGUGGCGAUUCUAGACCUACAAGGCUAAACGGGCAGUCUCCUCUAACAUUGAGACGGCCCAGUACAGCCGCAGCCGGCUCAAUGUAUCCUACUCCGCCUGACGCCUUACAAAAUGCAAAUGGAGUAACGCCCUCUCUUGAUGGUACGCUGUCAAGCCCGGGAAAUCCUUUGUCUGCCGCGGCUGUGCCAGAAAUCGAUAACAAUGGGUCAGUCUCCAUGGCGAUGGGGGACUCUUUCGAGCCUGUACGAGAUUUCUCCGAGUCUAAAAGGCAAAGAAGCGACAGCAAUCUUCUUGGCGAAGCUGACCACAUGUUUGGCGACAUGGGCCAAGAUAUGUUUGGUGAUAACGACAUCACAGAGGCUGACUUCAACUUUUUUGAUGAGGAGCCCGAGGACAUUGAUCUCGAAGCUGCAUUGGAUGAGAUGGGCGAUGCAACCACGGCCGCAAUUAUUGGUGCAGAGGAGCAUACAGCUGAUGAAGAAAUAUCGAAUUCCAGGGAGCCUAUAAAGGAAGAACCAGAGACCGAGAAGGAUGCUGGUGGAUUCACGAAACCCGAGCUGCGCCACGCCAUCAGCGUACAAAACGAUCAUGCGAUGCCGCGAGGAAGAGAAAGUCGGCCCGUUUCCAUGAAACGAGAGUCUAGCCCAUUCGACCCUCAUACUGUUUUCAAACGAGUUUGUGCAUCAUUGGCGGCACCUGAAAAGGACGGCACCAUUGCCACAGACACCAAUCGCAUGACCAAAAUAUUUGAAAAGAUGGACUUUGACCCAACACUUCCUAUGAUCAACAAGAAAUAUGAACAAGGUGGCCAAUUUGACUACAGCAUGAGCACAGCCGUUGGAAAUUCAAGGCUGGACCAUGGCGUGUUGCCGGAAACCGAUUACUUAAAGCGCCAUGGUAAGCUACACAGAGGAUCGCAAGAUCACAAAUUAUAUACGAAGUCGCUUAUGGGGCCCCUCUCCGGCCUUGAGCGGCCGAUCUCUGGCCGUAGCCCUACAAAAUUGGACACACAGAUGUCGGAUGACGAACAAAGCAGCACUGAGUCUGACCAAGACGACUCUAGUUAUACGAGUGACGAGCCAACGUCCCCACCGAAGUCUAGUGUAAAGCAGGCGCCAGUGGAGGAAGAUGCUGUUUCACAGGUUGCCUCUUUAAAGGAACAAGAUGUGAUUGAGGAACCGGACCAUCAACUUGCGAUUGAGCUCCCGCGUCUAUCCAAGCCUGAAACACCAGAGUUGCCUCUUUCGAUGCUUUUUUCAGAUCCUGAGCCCCUUGCCCUGGAGCUCUCUCUUGGUGAUGAGGAUCUAAUUCAGGCAGCCCAAAUAUUGACCGAACAGGCCGCCACAGGCUCCUUGGAUCUUUGCAAUACCGACCAUCCCGCCAACACCUCGAUAAUAAGUCAAGGCCGAGCAACUCUACUCAGUGACGCCAGGACAGCACUUCAGCAACUUCGAGAGGCUCUCUCUGUCUUUCUACGGGGCGUGGAGCCUGUUCGCCUCAAGGCAUUUUUAGAUAUUCAAGAUGUACUCUUACAAGGUCAACCCAGGAUGCAACCACGUCCCAUACCUGGGAGAGACGCGAAUGCCGAGCAGAUCCGCCCCAGCAAUCUUUAUCAGAUUCCGGGACCACAUUUGGAGGUUCGCAGGUCAGAUGCAAAACUCUCAGUCCUGCCCUCAGCUGUUGCAUUUUGGGAAAGCUUAGGGCUGGCGCCAUCUUCAGGCAGCAAGGACAUAACCGCAGUCUGCGUUUUUCCGGGAUGGAAGGGGAUGGUCGAUAAUGCCAAAACAUUCUUGGGGCGGAUCAAGAGUGUUUACGAAGUUCUGAGACUCGGAUCUUUCGAGAACAUGGCCCUAGCGUCAGAGAUGGAUUCUGGUCUUCUCCCGUACGAAAUGGACCGUAUUUCAACUUCUCCCGAUGCCACAUUGACGGGGCACGGCUCAGCUUUGAUAGGCACAAUGGAGACGUUGCGAGCUUCACUUUCCAACUUGACUGUUUCGGACACGAACGUUGUUGUUUACUUCGUCUAUUCCCCAAAUAAUCCUGGCACCAUAGUCGAGGCCUGUGCAGCAUUUCAGCGUUUCUUUGAUUCAUAUCAGAAGGACUUGGCUGCAAAAAAGGAAACUGCGACAAAUGAGCUCGUUCUACAGCUCGUCUCGUCUGACUUGCUAUCUUCGCCAACUUCAGUGGUGGUGACUCCCUCUGUCGAUCUCGUGAGGCUCUGCAUGGAGACGUAUGACCGGUGUACCCUCUUUGGCGGACCAAUGCCUGCCCCAGCCAUUCGGCUAGAACAGCCUCUUCCACGAAUCAUUGACUUCAAGCUUAACACACAACCUUCCGUGUCUCUCAUCAGAGAAAACUCGUGCAUUCACGUUGCUUAUGCUCAGACUGUGGAUGGGCGUUGGGUGACGACUGCUUGGACAGACGAUCGCGGUAACCAGCAAGCGACUGCCUCGUACUGCUUGGGACGGAAAGGCAGGCCACUGUCCACGUCCAUGAGUGAGGUAGCCUAUGAGAUCUGGCAAUCUACUCUGGACCUAAUCUCGGCAUGGACAGUGCACUGGCGAGUUAUAAUCACGAAGUGCGGGCCAAUGGAUCAACAAGAAAUCGAUUCCUGGGUCAAUUUGGCGCACACAGAAACCAGGCUCCAAGUGACAAUGAUCCUGAUGACGGUUGAUACAGAUCCGUGGCUACAGCUGGUUCCUCCUGUGGUCAAGCUACCACAUGCGUCGGUGCCUUUCUACACGACGCCAGUUUCGACGCCGCAGGCGAACAUCGUAUCGCCGGAGCAAAGUGCCACUCCAGCAACUCCAGCGAAUGUGACUGCUGCAACCCCCGGGGGAGGAGAAGCGGGAGCGGACACUGAAACCGAUGCGAUUCUUGCCGAUGUCACAGACCAGACUUGGGGGGCCAUUGUUGGCCACCGACUGAAUAAUUCCCUGGGCGUAACGGACUUGUAUCCAGCGCUGGUCAGCGGCUUCCUGAUUAAGAGGACAGGCGCGCGAGCUGAAGACGUGCCGAUAGCCAUGGAAGUUAAUCUCAUACACACGGAAGCCUUCCCGAGGUCAUACGAACCCCUUUUGAGGGAAAUGCUCAGCUACUUUAGAGGGCUUGCGACCCUAUCGAGAGCCAGGGGGAUGGUGUCAAGAGAAACGGACGUUCGUCCAUGGCAUAUUGCCGCAGCCGAAAAGGCUGCCCGGGCCAUGUAUCUUCUCAUGUGA